CCUUUAUCUAUCAACUUUCAGGAUUUAGAUGUCCUUGCAAGAGAAAUUGAGGAAUUCAAACCUAAAGUGAGAGAGAAUAUAUUUAGUUUGUCUUCCGAUGCAAUAAAGAGGAAGAUACUUUCGAUCCAUUUGCUGAUCAACCUUGGUCUCUCUUAUCAUUUUGAGAACGAGAUCGAAGAGACCUUAAAAGAGGCUUUUGAAAAGAUAGAAAAUUUGAUCGCUGAUGAAAAUGAUUUGUACACAAUCUCAAUCAUGUUUCGAGUUUUCAGAACAUAUGGUCACAACAUGUUGUCCGAUGUUUUCAACAGAUUCAAAGGAAACAACGGCGAGUUCAAGGAAAGUUUAAUAGAAAACGUUAAGGGUAUGCUAAGCCUCUACGAAGCUGUGCACUUUGGGACAACGACGGAUCAUAUGUUGGAUGAAGCAUCACGCUUCACAUUAGACCACUUGGAGCCACUAACUACAGGUCACACAGCGAUCCCACUACAUAUUUUAAAGCUUAUACGCAAAGCUCUUCACAUACCUCAGCACCGGAACAGCCAAGCUCUAGUUGCAAGAGCGUAUAUUUCUUUCUAUGAACAAGAAGAGGACCACGAUGAAACACUGCUCAAGCUAGCCAAGCUCAAUUUCAAGUUUUUGCA